GGGCGCUUUUUCGGACAUACAAGACAGAAACAAUGGGCUCAAACUCCUCUUCAGCCUUAACGUUAAAGCAAAAAAGGACGAAAAUUUGUUCUUACCAAGAAAAGAACAAGUUCCCACUAUUACCUAAAAAUAACAAUCUGAGGCAAAUUUGAAGAUCAAAGAGGUAGACAUGGAGCAAGUGACAGAGAAUUGUAUAUCACUAAUCUUAUCAUUCACAACACCCUUGGACACAUGCAGAGCUUCGUGUGUUUCAACUGAGUUCAGGUCAGCUGCUGAUUCUGAUGAGCUAUGGAAUAAGUUCUCGCCAUCUGAUCUCUCUCAAAUCCUUAGCAGAUCGCUCUCUACUUUGACUUACAACACUAAAAGACAGCUCUACUUUCUUCUCUGUGACUCCCCGGUUCUGUUAGAUGAUGGCAAUGUGAGCUUUUCACUAGAUAAAACGAGUGGGAAGAAAUGCUUUAUGUUAGCGGCUAGGCGACUUCUGAUUUCAUGGGGUGAUACUCCCUCUUACUGGAGCUGGGCAUCUAACUAUAAGUCAAGAUUUUCAGAGGUUGCUGUACUUCAGUAUGUUUGGUGGCUUUGUAUUCGUGGCAAAAUGAAAACUGGAAUGUUGUCUCCACACACUACUUACGAAGCAUAUCUUAUAUUUAAAUUAUAUGAGAAUGCCUACGGACUUGAAUCAGCAAAGACAUCGAUCAGAUUUGUUAGUGAAAGAGAGGACGUGCCUUCUGAUGAAGCUAUAACAGUUUAUCCUUACACAAGAUCAUCUGCAUCCAACUCUGAGCAACGAAAUGGAGAGGUUAGUUGGAGGAGGAAGGACGGAUGGAUGGAAAUUAAGACGGGAGAGUUUGAGACUGGUACAAGAGAUGAUGACGAGGUGGAGACACGAUUCAUGUCAAUUGAAGGACAAGUCAAGGGUGGCCUUAUCGUUCAAGGUAUCGAGUUUAGGCCCAAACAACCCGUAGCUGUUAAAUAAAUUGAUAUAUCGGCAUGCUUUAUAUAUUAGAAAACUUAACCCAUGUAAUAUGUAUUAACUCUUAUCUGAAGGAUGUUACAUGGAGUAUGCUGUAUAUGAUAAUUUUUUGGUGUUUUGCUAUGUAA